AUGCCUCAGGUUCAGGACAACACCGAAGGCAGGGCCGCCUAUCUCGAAGACUACGACAGCGACGAGAGCCGCGUCGUCGAGGGCACCGUCGUCACAGCCUCGGCUCUUGCGACACAGAGACCGCAACCUCAGCAGCGCUCAUCAUCAUCGCGCCAAAGGCCUCCGGAACGAUCGCAUCGGAGGGAUGCGACCAUCGAUUCGGGACAUGUGCCUCACGCCAGCACACAGAUUGCAACCACCUCCCGUACCCCUGUUGCUGGCAUCUCAUCCGCCCAACCUCCUCACGUGCGGCGUCUGUCAACUGUCAGUCCAACAAAGUCGAAGCCAGUCAUCCAUCGAGUAGACAGUGCUCGUUCUGCUGCAUCAGCACAGCAACAAAGCCAUUCCAAUUGCACAGACAAAUACUGUCGCGACCCUGGUUGUUCCUCGAAGCCGAACCUUGAACGCCGGUACACUUCAUCGUCACAGCAACAGCGCCCAAAGUCAACGCAACCACAGGCGACAUCGCAAUAUCCACCGCCAGAGCCUCAGUAUCACUAUCAAGCCGCACCGAUGGCAACGACCACUACCAUGAUGAUGCCUCCGCCUCCGAGGCCCCAACCCGAUGGUAGACCCAGACAGGCACGACCUGUAAGCAUCCAUGCUGGCUAUCCGCCUCCGGCAUCGUCUGCAUACUACUAUCAAAACUACCAACCAGCUUCGGGCUACUACGGAACCACACCACCAACCCAGACGCCGAUCAGCUAUAUGCCACAAUCACCAUCGAUGCUACCUCAAAGCUCACCAAUUGCCACUGGCACCUACCCUGGAUAUCCUGGCUACGCGGGACCUUCGACUUACUCCACGCGGCAGCCAAAUCCUGCAGUUCCUGGUCUGGAGUAUCCCAAAGUGGCCCCACUCCCAUCUCUACAGCCUGGUUUGAGCCGUACAUUCUCGGCACGCGUACCAAAUGUUAUGCCCGAGCCUGAGUCGACAGAGACAGAAUCUGAUUCAGAAUCAAAUGAAUCUGAGGUAUCGGAAACCGAAGAAGAGUAUCGACGGCGAAUUAGGUCUGAUCGCCGGAGAUCUCGUGCGCAGGAAGAAAUGGUUGCUGUUGUGCCGGCUCGGCGACCUUCGGUAAGAGACAGCAAGAAGUAUCGUACAGACACUGCGGUACCUACGAGGACCAGACGCGAAUCCCUGCGCAUAGAAGACGCACCACGACGGUCAGAUACGGCUUUGGAUUAUCUUUCAUCUGACAGGAACGACUCCGACCGUACGGCUCGGGCCACAGUCUCCGAGCGCCGCAGUACAACUUCAUCUGCCCGCGGCAGCCGUCGACCAUCUGUAUCGACGACAGCUUCUUCUGGUCGGACCAAAGCUACGUCAUUAUCGAGCGGAUCCGGCGAUUAUCACAAAGUCAUCAUCGAAGAUCCCUCCGGUCGCCGACGGACAGCGUACCUUUCGAAAGACCAACAAUCUGACAUCAUCCGUCGCAUGGAGCAAGCGAAAGUCAACGAGCGAUGGGAUGAACAGCGCCUGACCGAGGAGAAAGUUGCAGCAUACCAACGUAACAUCAGCGGCGAGCCAUAUGAGCUCAGCGCCCACAAUUUGAAAGACGCCAACCGCAAGAGCGGCAGCCAUAGCAACAGCCACGUAUCUCGCCGCAGCAAGAGGAGCAGCGACUCUGGCUCCAAGAUGUCGAAGUCGGACGGCAUCGUCAUCCAGACAGGUGGCACCGUACUUCAUAUACAUGGCGAUUCCAGUGUCCAGGUCCGUCCCGGAGAAGAUGGUGGUUCCGCUCAGAUCACCAUUGGCAGUGUCUCUGGGCGCGACAGUGGCUACCACGGCAGCAAAAGCUCCAGCAGCCGCAUCGGCCGAUCUCGUGGCGGGAGUGAGUUCAGCAGGCGUGAGAAGAUUCGCGAGGAAGUUGAAUACGACUCUGCCGGUUAUGAAAUUGCACGCUAG